AUGGCUUUGAGGAUACUCAACUUGACCACAAGUUCUUCUGGAUGUGAACGGAAUUGGAGUGUUUUUGAACAAGUGGAUGCUAAGAGGAGAAAUAAACUAGAUGUAAGUCGUAGGGACAAUCUAGUUUAUAUCCAAUUCAAUGGAAGAAUGAUGGACAAAAGAAAGAAAUGUUCCUCCUCUCGUGAUGUUCUCCUUGGUGAAGAUGCUUCCAUGGCACAAGAUUGGAUAUGUGAAGAUGCAUAUGUUGAGGACGAGGUUGAUCCCGACACCACCAUUGAUGAUGAAGUGGGAGCCACCGAGGCUAUAGAGCCUCGUAGGAGUGCAAGAGUGAGAGAACUCCAUGAAGUAGAAGAAUUUGUUGCUGAUGAAGAUUCAGAAAAUGAGAUUGCUUUGGAAGAGGAGAUAGAAUUUGAGUCUGAUAAUGAUGAGAUGAUUGAAACAAAUGAGGACGAGGAUGAGGACGAGGACACAACACAACCUUAA